AUGAUCGAACCAACUAAUGAUCGUUACGCAGCUUCAAGUGCGCAGAAGAAGGUUAUUACAGAAGCCUUGGUUCUUGACAACAUUUUGUCUUCAUCUUCUCCACGUUUAAAGUCUCCAUCUAUCCGGAGACCUAAGGAUGGACUUGGUAGCUGGUCAACACUUUUCCAAAGGCACCGCUUCCUCUUAUCUGCUCUCGUGCUCCUUACUAUUCUAUGUACUGUUUAUCUUUACUUCGCUAUCACCAUAGGAAGUGGCUCCUAUUCUGGAUUGAGUGGAGCACAGAAAGCUUCAUGCCAUAUGGAGCUUGUCAAGGAUUCUAUUUCCAACGGCAAACUGAAAUUUCUUUAA